AUGUCUUAAGACCGGUAUUUUGAUAUAAAACCAAUGAAUUAUUCAGCUUUGGCAUGUUGUCUGUGCUUAGUAUGUACUUUCUAUUUAUCUUUACAGAUACAAUAUUGUAAUAUUUGGUGGUAUCAAUGGCUUUUCAAGGAAGAUUAUGUAUCUCGAUGCCGCUGCAAACAACAGGGCUUCUACAGCAUAUGCAUUCUUCUUAGAUGGUGUGAGGAAGUUCGGAUGGCCUUACAAAGUGAGAUCAGAUCAGGGCGUGGAGAACGUGGACAUUGCUCAGGCGAUGUUUACUGUACGAGGAACCGGGUGUCGAAGCUUUAUAUCUGGCAAAAGUGUCCACAAUCAGAGAAUAGAACGCCUGUGGCGUGAUGUGUGGUUAGCCGUCACGCAACUGUACUAUGGUGUUCUUCACGAUCUGGAAGAAGAUGGCCUUCUUGACAUCACCAACAGCUUGCACCUCUACUGUGUUCACUACACAUUUCUGCCACGACUGAAAGAUGAUCUGUCCAGGUUUACACACGGCUGGGAUAACCAUCCAAUCCGAACUGAACAAAACAUGACACCAAAUCAGCUGUGGCACCUUGGCCUCAUGCAGAAUCCAGUCAGAGAACCAGAAAUGUCAGAGGGAAUUCAGAUUGAUGCCAUUGACUGGGAAGAUUCCGGAUUGACUGUACAAGAACCAAACCAAGGCAUCGUCCUGCCAGACUUAGACUGUCCACUGGAUCCUGAGAGCUUUGAGCUGCUUAGGUUAGCUGUACAACCAACUGCCUCAUCGGAUAGCUUUGGCCGUGAUAUCUAUCUGAUGUGUAUACGUCACGCUUCUUAUCUGUUGGAGACCCGUUAGGUCUAGAAUUAAGGCAUCCCAAUCCUGCUUCUGGACCUAUAGCACUGCACAUUUCAACUUUCAACCAGAAAACUGAUGUACAGGGUCCGGCAUAUUUACGGGCUUGUGAAUGAGCUCUUUCUGCUGAACUUUUUUUUUUUUUUUUUUUUUUUUAAAGGACCAUGCUGCUUUGUCACCAUUUCUGAUGAAUGGAAAUUUAAGAAUCUCAUGUUAAUUUCUUUGUAAACAAAAAAAAUUCAUGUCCUACAUUGUCCACAGUGAAGUAAAAUAAAUAUUACUUUUGUUCUCUCUAUGUGGCAGCUUGGUAUG